GAGGGAUAUCAUGCAGGAGCCCGACAGAUCUGACCCGGGAUUUUACAACAGCAGAUGCAGAGUGAGAUUCCAAAGAAAACCUAUAGAUCACCUGUGUAGCUGUUUUCGAAGAAAUUUCCCGGUUUCGAUUUUUUGCGAAAUUCUAUGUAGGCGAAGUCCUCUACCGAAAUCGGCCAACGAUUCCGUGAAUGAUCUCGCUAACCGUUUUAAAUGAUUGUCCUACUACGCCUAUCAUAUAAUGAAUAAAGGUGCCAAAUAAGAUGAUAAGAGUAUCCAUCCUACAUAAUCAAACAACCUUCUCUCGUCACUCCAAUUGACUCGCCCCGCUCGCAGCUUUCCAACGAUAUCAACGUCAUCCAAAAUCCAUCCA